AUGGCUGAGGAAGAGAGGUGGUGUAUGGUGACGGGUGGGAGAGGCUUUGCAGCGCGGCAUUUGGUGGUAAUGCUAAUCAAAUAUGAGAUCUUUAAGGUCCGUAUAGCGGAUUUGGGUCCCAGCAUUGUGCUGGAUCCCGAUGAGGAGAAAGGGGUUCUCAGGGAGGCCCUGACGUCUGGCCGCGCUCAAUACGUUUCCACUGAUCUUCGUGACAAAGCCCAAGUACUUAAAGCUUGCCAAGGGGUGGAAGUUGUUUUCCAUAUGGCUGCUCCUGAUUCGUCCAUUAAUAACCAUCAGCUCCAUCACUCUGUCAACGUACAAGGAACCAGUAAUAUUAUUGAUGCCUGUAUUGAGAUGAAAGUAAAAAGACUUGUGUAUACUAGUUCUCCAAGUGUUGUCUUUGAUGGAGUUCACGAUAUAUUUAAUGGGGAUGAAUCGUUGCCCUAUCCUGCUAAGCACAAUGAUUCAUAUUCUGCUACAAAAGCUGAAGGAGAAGCCCUAGUUAUCAAAUCAAAUGGUUCGAAUGGACUUCUAUCAUGCUGCAUUCGACCUAGCAGCAUUUUUGGCCCUGGUGAUAAGUUACUUGUUCCAUCUUUAGUUGCAGCAGCAAGGGCUGGGAAAUCAAAGUUUAUUAUUGGAGAUGGAAAUAACAUGUACGAUUUCACUUACGUGGAGAAUGUGGCACAUGCUCAUAUAUGUGCUGAACGAGCUCUGGCAUCAGAAGGGUCUGUAGCAGAAAGAGCUGCUGGUCAGGCAUACUUCAUUACCAAUGCGGAACCAAUCAAAUUUUGGGAGUUCAUGUCUCUUAUUCUUGAAGGCCUUGGUUAUGAAAGGCCAAACUUUAAGAUUCCUGCCGCUGUUAUGAUGCCAAUUGCACAUAUGGUGGAGUUAAUUUAUAAGCUUUUAGCACCUUAUGGAAUGAAGGUUCCACAGUUGACUCCUUCAAGAAUUAGACUUCUGUCUCUUAGCCGAACGUUUGAUUGUUCCAAAGCAAGUGAUCGUCUUGGCUACACACCAAUUGUACCACUCCAGGAGGGCCUUAGGAGGACUAUUGAGUCAUACCCACACUUGAGGGCUGAUGUUCCAUCCACAAAUGAUAGGCCAUCUAAAGCUGCCUUACUUCUCGGAAAUGGGAAGGUUGCUGACACUCUUCUUUGGAGGAAUAAAAAGCUAACGCUAACAGUACUGUUGAUCUUGGCUGCAUUUUUCUUCAACUUUAUUGCAACUGGAUAUACCAUCAUAACUGCGGUUUCCAAGCUUCUUCUGGCAGCAUCAAUUUUCCUUUUCAUCCAUGCCAAGUUACCAGAGAAAAUACUGGGAUAUAAACUUGAAAAAAUUCAGGAGUCAAAAUUUCACAUUUCAGAAGAAAAGUCUCACCAAGUUGCUCUGUCAGUGGCGUCAAGGUGGAAUUCUGCAAUAAUUUGUUUAAAAUCACUUUGCAAAGGAACUGACUCGAUACUUUUUCUAAAGGUGGUUCUCUCUCUAUUGGCUCUCAGCAUUCUUGGAGCUAUUUCUCUUCACAAUGUGUUUGUUAUAGGAGUUCCCAUUGUCUUUCUUGCCUUUGUCGUGUAUGAGAAAAAGGAAGAGGAGAUAGAUAAAUUGGUCCUGAAAAUCCUCUCACUUGGUUGCAAAUUGAAGUCAUGCAUUGGGUGCUUCGUCUUUUCUUCUGGAAUUGAAAGAUAA